UCCGUGGAAACGCCAUCGAUUCGUUUCCUCGCUCCGCGAGCUCGAACUCUUCCCUCUUCCCACCCGUCUCGCUUCGAUCCGACUCCAUGGCUGCCGCAAUUGCUACGGCGGACCCUCGGGGUCGGCAUUCCCCGGGCCGUCGAGUCGACGACAAGAACCUAGUGUUCGACCAGAUGGGGAUCCGCGACGAACUUCUUCGGGGCAUCUACGCCUUCGGGUUCGAGAAGCCAUCCGCGAUCCAGCAGCGGGCCGUGGUCCCCAUCAUCCAAGGCCGCGACGUCAUCGCCCAGGCACAGUCCGGUACCGGAAAGUCCUCGAUUAUCGCCCUCUACGUUUGCCAGAUAAUUGACACCACCUCCAGAGAGUAUGAUCGUUUCUCGCAUCGUUUUCAUAUCACAUAACGUUGAUUUCUUUUAGGUCGGUUUACAUGAUGGUGAUAUGAACGAUCUGUUUUGACUGUUUCGUUUGUUACUGGAGAGGAGUGUUGAUUGUGAUGAGUGUCGGAAACUCUAGCUAUUCGGAUGAACACAAAACAUACUAUACGAUAACUGAGACUAUAAUCAGAGUAUAAAUUGUGCGGAGUUCUACAAGUUAGAAUCCCUUUUGCCUCUUUUUUGCCCUUUAAUUCAAGUAGCAAUAAGCUAAAGGAUAUUUUCCAUCAGGGUGUAAUACAAAGAGGCUACCAAGUUUGGCAUCCUAUGCACUGGUUAAACAAUAAAGUGCCCGGAGUUAAAGAAAUCAAUUGUUGUUCUGAUUGAUUUUCAACCCAGAAGAAUGCAAUUUAAAUUUUUUAAGUUAAAGAUUCACCAAAAACGAUGUGGCUUAUAGGCAUUCAUUUCAUUUUUGAAGACAUAUCAGGUUAAAUUGGAAUAGGAGCAAGUAAGUUAAAGUUACCAAGAUUUUAAUGUUUGAUUCUGUCAAAUAUGAACCAAUAAGAUAUGCAUGCUUUAGGCUAGACAGUCCUAUCCUUUUAAGGAAAUUUUGUGAAUCCAAACACUUCUUGCUUAUUUUCUGUUGCUUUUGAACAUGGCUUGUUUUUUCCUUUUAUUUGUUGGGAUUUUUCAUUCUGUGACAAAUAAAAUGGACCCAAAACUUUUUAUAUCUUAACUAGCAUUGUCUCUUCAUCAUAUGGUUUGCUUGUUUGUCUUUGGAUGCGUGAGUCGGUUCUCUGUGAUGGUUAAAUCUGCUAAAACCUUCACGAUUUAUUCUUGUCCUUCCUAGUAACUAAAGACAAGUAAUUUUCACUGUUAAUUUUGGCUUAUCUCUUUUUUUUAAUCUUUUCGUUUGCUCCUUUCCUUAAUCUGAAACUCUUGUAGCCCCAGAGAGUUUUCCUGUAUGUUUUAGGAUUUAAAGUAAUUACCUCUUCAACGUUAAAAAAUGAUAACACUUAAACAUAUGCUAUAGUUUAUUUAAAUACCAAGUUUUUUCUAUCGUAUUCUAGUAUUUCAUUUGCUUCUCUGUUUGUUCAUCUGUACUCCGAGUGUCUUAAGUCUUACAAGAUCUUGGGUAUUCAUAAUUUACCUGUUUGUUACCUCCACCUUGUACACCUCAUGUUGGCUAGUGAAACAUUUCAUAUGAUAUGUGGACGUGGUGAAACCCAGCUUUCGAUUGUUUUUAACUAGUUAUUCUUAGAAGUACUCUUAACUUUUGUAUAGUGCAGGCACUUGUUCUCUCCCCCACGAGAGAGCUUGCUGCUCAGACUGAAAAAGUAAUACUUGCUGUGGGAUAUUGCAUAAAUGUGCAAGCACAUGCAUGUAUCAGUGAAAAGAGCAUAGGUGAGGAUAUUAGAAAACUAGAGCUUGGUGUUCAUGUGGUUUCAGGGACACCAGGUAGAUUCUGUGAUAUGAUCAAGGGCAGAGGAGCUUAUGCACAAAAGCCAUCAAACUUCUAGUCCUGGUGGGUUUAUGCAGAGAUAUACUGUUUUAGGCGAUGUUUUAAGAAACAUUAAGUUAAUUGGUGAUAUUGGCAAAGGAUGAAGAUCGAUGAAAUGCUGAGCAGAGGUUUUAAUGAUUAGAUAUAUGAAGUGUACAUAUACCUUCCUCCUGAACUUCAGGUAUGACCCAACACCGAAAGUUGUCUCACUCUUGCAGUAAUUUUGUUGGUUUUGUUUAGCUGUUUGCUGGUUGCGACCUAGGUGCAAGGCUAGGUCUAUAUGUUUGCUAUCUCUGAAGCACAGAAUAUAAUGUCUAGCACAUCAGGACAAAGGACAAGAAGUCGGGUGAUGCACGUUUGUAACUGUGAAUCUUUUUUAUUGUCCUUUCUUUUCCUCCAUCUAUUUUGUUGGAUGUCCUUAGCUUCCUGUUGAUGUGAAAUACACUUAGUUCCUACAUGGACUAAGUUGCACGAACUGAAAAUCACCAUUUAAGAUUUCAUAAGUUUAUUUUCUUCCACUUCUUUCCAUUUCCUACCCUUUCUGAGUUAUGUUUGCUUUCACCCAUUAUGUAAGGUGGCAAUUUUUUCGUCCCUCCUGUUUCGACGAUUUUGAUACAUUACCAACAACUUCGCAGUUGAUGCUGAGAGGCCAAUUCUCAUAGCUCUCUUCAAUGUGAUAAGCCUAUUAUUCAAGUCUUGCACAAGACUGAUGUAUUAGACAUUUAUACUUCUUGACAUCUCAGAGAUACAUGUUCAUUAUCUAUCCUGAAGUUUGUAAAAUUAACGUUUAUUUUCUCAUUUCCAUGUAUGCUUAAUCACUUAAACAGUUAAAUCUAGAAUUUUUGAACAAAUUAGUCGACAUCAAGUAGAUGAAUGAUUGAAUUUCUUUUCAAAUUAAUUUGUCUUUGUUUUUGCAUUUUAGAUAGGAAAAAAAUAUUUUUAUUUGUGAACAACUAGGUAUCGUUUCUAUUGAAGAUAAUAUGAGAGAAAAUCAUUUAAGAUUAUAUAAGCAUAUCCUUAGGAGACUUCCAAAUGCGAUAGCCAGAAAAUGUGAAAUGAUUUAUGUUAGUAGUAUGAAGAGAAGUAGAGGAAGACUUAAAAAGACCUUACUAGAAACUAUAAAUAAAAAUUGAAGUACUCUAAACUUAAAUAAGCAUAUGACUUUUUACUUAUCUCAAAGGCGGCAAAGGAUCCAUGUAGCUGGCCUCAAAUAGUUGAGACCUAUGAUUUUAUUGUUGUUGUUAUGCUUUAUUUUUGCCUGGAUUUUUUUGGUCAAUCAAAUAGUGUUUGUUCAUGAUUUUACCCAUGUCAGUUUUUUCUGAUACCUUGUUCUUUGGUAUAGAGUAUUGUGUCUACUACCCAUUUUUGUUCUCUUUAUCUCUCUUAUUAUUCUGUUCUCUAUAUUUGACCUUUUUUAACGUGUCUGCAUUUUGUUGCUUGUUGCACUCAUGUGCUGUAUCUUCUUUUCAAGGUUGUCGUGUCUGUCAUUUAGGCACUUGAUUUACCCCCUCCUUCCCUUUCCUCAAUCUCUUCUUCCAGUAUCUUAUUUGCUUCAGUUACCAUGUAAGUAGAAUUUUCCAGUUUGUUUGUCUCCUUUUUUUGUCAUUUCUCUUAUGAAACUAGAGCCUAUUUGUCACUUUCCUAAGCUGCUGCAUGUUAGUAAUUGGAUCAUUGUCAUCGUUUGCCAACUAGAACACUUGUCAUUUAAUGAAAUAUUUUGAUUUCUUCUCCAACACUAUUGCACAGCAAUUCUUCUAUAUAAUUCCUUAGCUCUAGCUUUGUUUCUCCCUCCCUUCUGUUUUUGCUGCAUAUGUAGUUGUACUUUACUGUAUACAUUACCUAUUCAGAUGAGCUACCAACCUAAUUUACUGCAGGAUCUCCAGAAGGAGCAAGGAUCAUUUAGGAAUUUGGGUUGCGAUCUCCAUAGUCCAUUCAUCUAACAACUCCACUGCCUUGCUUUCCCCUCUUCAGUCCUACAGUUAUAGUCCUAUAUAAUAUUUGGACUCGGUUGUAUCUGGUUCCAAAGAAGCCCUUAGGUUCUGCACUGAUUAUGUUGAUAAAUAAAUGUUGUUUUGGUAUCUGCAACUUUUCCCAAAGAAAUUCUGGAGUUGACCAACAGGUUCAUGGCCGACCCCAUAAGAGUCCUUGUAAAGCGUGAUGAACUGAUGUUGGAGGGCAUCAAUCAAUUCUUUGUUGCUGUUGAGCACGACAAAUGGAAAUUUGGCACGUUAUGUGACCUGCAUGACAAUCUUACCAUUACCCAAGCCGUUAUAUUUUGCAGCAAGAAAAGAAAGCUUGUGGCUAUAAACUUUGCACCAAAAUGAUGACCUCAGGAUACUAAGAGAAAUCAAACAAUAUUACAGUGUGCAGAUUGAUGAAAUGCCAAUGAAUAUAGCUGACCUUAUUUGAAACUAAUAUGACGAGGAUUGGUAGUUUAUCUCACAGAUAUGAAGGUACGUCCAGGUAACUAUCGUGAUUAUCGAUAUAACAUCAUUAAUCUUGUCAAUUAUUUGUGCUCGGAAGACCGGCAUGUUUGAAUAGAAGAAAAUUAUCGUCUCUGCUGACUCGAAAUAAGAAAAUUAGAAGACCAGCAUGUUUGAAUAGACUUUGCCUAUAUUAUUAUCUGACUGUUAGCAUAUAUUUCAUGGUGGAUCACAUAGAUGUCAACCCAAUGCUUGCGGUAUGCAUGACAUAAAUCCUUAACUGCAGUAGCAAUCAUCAUUUACUAGAAUGCAACAAGUAUACAAUAUUAUGUAUCUGACAGCAGUCUAAUAAUGUAGGACUCAUUUCAUCCAUAUCUGCUGCACAAUGUCUUCUUCUAUAUAUCUGUGCCGGGUGCUUAAAACUAUUAUUGAUGGGUGAAUCCAUCAGUAUUAUUGCAACCACGUAGUGUCUUCCAAGUUGACCCAUCUAAAUGCUUUAUCUGUACGUAGCAGAUAGGAAAUAGGUUGACGUAUUUUAUACAUCAGUAGCUUGGCAUCUUUGUUUCUUGUGUCUUCUCUUCGCUGGCAUUUGGACUUUGGAAUCACAAAAUCUUGCUGCACGUCGAGGUCGAGGUUGACCCCAGUAAACGAAAACAAACAAAACAAAGGCGUCUUCCUGCUUGUGAAUGUCAACUCCCACCCUCAUAUCAUCGAAUUUGUCAACGAAUUCUUAGCUGUCUGUCUGUCUCUUGCCAUGCUGUGUGAUGGUGUCUAAGUAAUUCGGAUGACAUUGCAUUUGAUUUGCAAGUCGACUGCCCUCAGCUAUCCUCCUCCACAUGCAAUGGUGGAGUGUGAGUCGGUGUUUCCACUUGACAUUAGUGAAUUCUUUUAGUAGGAUUUGGCAUUAUAAAGUGGUUGACCUGCGGUGAUUUAAUAGAAUUUUUACUAUUAAAUGGGGGUCAACAUAGUUCAGUAAUCCAAUAACACAUCACAAAUAAUUUUGAUGUGAAUAUAAGUACUAAGGUUAGCAUUAAAAAAAAAGUCAAAAGGGUCACCAAAUCUAUCUGUGACACAGUAAAGUCUAACCAAAUAAUUAACUAAAGCACAUGAAGUAAUAUAACCAAACUAUUCGAAAAAGAACAGUAACCCACCUCAGCUCGAUGCCAAUUGAUGGUGACAUUUUGGUCAAACUUGUAGAUAUGUACUUGCCGACCUAAGACGAUCAAACACCCGACGGUAUAAUUUUGGACCUCCUCCCCACCGGUUCAAUUACACCGGUUCAACCAACCCAUGAUUCGAGUCGAAGAAAUUAAAGACAUACCCAAACUUCACUCGGCUAAAACCCCGACGAACCGAACCGAGCCGAACCGAAGCCGGUUCAGUUAGUGGGGCUGGCGAAGGGGAAGUACAUGAUGAGAUCUGCUGGCCUCAGACGAAUCUUUCCCCGUUUGCUCACUGUCCGAUCUCCUGAUGGGGCAAAAGAUCUCGCUGUCGCUGCGCUUCGAUACGCUUCCCGCAGACCAAUAUCUCCUCCCCCCAAUCCCGAUCCUUCCACAACCAUCAUCACCGAGGUUGGAUUCAGCAUCGGCAUGAUGAGCUCCUCCGACUCCAGCGAGAUCUCCCUCGGUACUGAUCCAAAGAUCUCGUCCCCCUCCCUCCCUCCCUCCCGUCGACGUGCAUGAUAUGGUAUCCAAGUAGAUAUCCCUGCCAAUCCUUUUCCUCUGGUUAGAUGAUGCCAGCGAGGGAUGAGUCAGUGGGUCAAUGCGUGGACUUCUUCUUCCACCCAUCGCAACCCCAACCCCUGUUCCGAAUCCGUAAAGAUUGUCUCUUUCGAUCGGGUACAGCGCUCCUUGGGAUUCUUAUAACGGGGAUUUGGUUGGGAUUUCCUGCUCUUUAUUCUCUGUCUUCGCUGCUGCUGCUGCUGCCUCUCCUCCGUAUAUAAGGCGGUUUGAGGAAGAGGGAGUCGCCUGCGGGUGGUUAGACUCCUCUGCGUCUGUAAUGUCGUCGUCGAGAGGAGGGAAUGGUUGCGGCGGAGAAGGAGAGCGCCAAAUCCAUGUCUUGGCCGUGGACGACAGCUCCGUCGACCGGGCGAUGAUCGCCAGGAUCCUCCGCAGCUCCAAGUACAGAGUGACGACGGUGGACAGCGGGAAGAAGGCACUGGAGCUGCUGGGACUGGAACCGGACGUGAACAUGAUCAUCACGGAUUACUGGAUGCCGGAGAUGACAGGGUACGAGCUUCUCAAAAGAGUAAAGGAAUCCUCGGAGCUGAGGGAGAUCCCUGUGGUGAUCAUGUCGUCCGAGAACGUCCCCAACAGGAUCAACAGGUGUUUGGCGGAAGGAGCUGAGGAUUUCCUGCUGAAGCCCGUUCGACCAUCCGAUGUGUCUCGGUUGUGCAGUCGAAUCCGAUAGCAUGCUAACGAUGGUCGUCGUCGCAGGAAGAAAGGAGUCUUUGAAGCUCUUAAUUGGCUCGAUUAUUUUUUGUUCGAUGGAGAAUACAUAUACCUGUUUUGGAAUUCUUUUCUCUGGUAACAUGUUCUUAGAGAGCAUAAUAUGAGAACAGAAAUGUAGAGAGAGAGAGAGAGAGAGAGAUGCCGAUCUUGUCCUCACAUUUUGGCUGUGGCUUUCAGAAUGGUUGUGGUGGAAAUAGAAACUAGCAGCAUUUUCCACA